AUGAAUGAUAUAGACUGUGACGUCAUGCAAUCCGAAGGACUCGCAUUCAAGUGUGUCAUCACCACCACGAAACAUGGAAAGGUAUUCCUUGUUGAGUGGCUUAAGUACAACCAGUUGUUCUCACUUAAGCGCAUCGAACGCGCUCACUACGAGCAAAAUCAGAUUAAUAUCAUUCGCAAUUUAUACCAUUUCAACAUUAUCAACGUUUACAAAACAUUUAUGCGUGAAAAAUACGUUUAUCUUCUUAUGGAUUACUGCCCACUUGACAUCCAGCGCUACAUCGAGCAGCGUGGUGUUCUUUCAGAAUCUCGCUUUGCUGAAGCUGCCUACUCAAUGCUCCAGAGUGUUAGCUUAAUGCACAGCAAGCGCAUCUGCCACAACAACAUCCGCCCAUCAAAGUUCCUCCUCGACAAGUACGGCCGCGUUCAGAUCAGCGACUUCUGCAACGCCGCUCAGUACCAGGAAAACGAAGAAUCCAAGUUCGAGCACGCCCAAUCAGUUGACUCAUGGUCUCUUGGUGUCACAUUCUACUACAUGCUCACAGGCCGCCUCAUCACAGACCUCUACUUCAGUGAAGAGGAAGCCAUGUCUAAGGAUUUCUCACACAUCAAGUACCCAGAAGUCUCAAAGGAGUGCAUCCGCCUCAUCUCAAGCUGCCUCAACAACAACGAGAAAGCCCGCCCUUCAGUCGACGAGCUCCUCAGCAGCCCACUCUUCAACCCAUUCCGCCCAGUCAAGAUGUCAGCUUCAAAGCAGACAGCUUUCUCUGCUAACACAUCACUCCGCGCAAUCCCAGUCAUUGUCAAGCCAGUCCUCACAAAGGUUGUCAAGACAUCAAUAUAA